UUUUUUGAUUGCAGUGACGUACUUAUCGGUUUGCCUAUACCUAGUCAUGUUUUAGAAAUGAAACUGUUGUAAAAUCUGUUUAAUUUGCGCAAUAAAUUAAGCGGGUUUCAAGCAUCCUGUAUGCGCCAUGGUGUACAUCGACCAUAAUGGGCGCGUGUGGGAGAAGCGACCUUGGGACUGGCGACGGAUAGUGGAGCUCUUGAUGGGAAUAUGGUUCGCCAUCAAACAACUAUUCGUGACGUUCCUGGCUCCCUUCACAGCCCCCGAUAACAACCCCAACCAACGACGCGGUAAUAACUGGGGCGGCGGUGGAGGAGGAGGUGGCUGGGGUGGUGGCGGAGGUGGUGGCGGAGGAGGUGGUGGUGGAGGAGGAGGGCAAGGAGGAUUAAGGCCAAACCGCCGAAUUGGACGCAUACAGCCGUCGAUGAGCUGCAAUAUGCCUGCGGCAGGCGGAUGAGGAUAGUAGCGACAUCCGGUCCCACAUUUGUGGGCGGAUGUCGCGCCGACAGAAGACUGUAAGCGCCAAGCAGCACCAAAACUGGCUCAGAAGUCACGGUUUGUCCGGCUCCAGUAGCACCUAUGACGCAGUCCUCUUAAACUCGGACUCGAGCGGAGAACUGCCGAAAGAUGUAUCGUCGAUUUCUGGGCUCGCUGCUUGCGUGGCCGUCGUCGGUUUACAUAUGUACAUGUGUAUGUACUAGCUCCAAUAUAGUUACAGGUUUUUAUGUGAAUUUAGUAAUGAAAAGUACAUACAUAUUUAAAGUUCAAAGUAACAGUGCCAAGAACUUUUUAUAUGUAUUGUUAUUCCUGCGAAAUAAAUAUGUAGAUAAAAACCAAAAA